AUGGCCGCUACAACAGGAGCGGAUUCGUAUAACUUUCUACGUUCAUCGCUUUCUAAGCAAACUGUCUUGGUUGUUGGUGAUGGAAAUUUUUCUUUCUCGCUUUCUCUUGCAGUAUUUCGUGAUGAACUUGGACUGAACACACAUCUUGCGUUGACAUCUUUCGAUAGCAAAGACAUUCUAACACAAGACGAGUUUACACGUGUUAACCUUGAACGUUUGCAAGCAUAUGAAAAUGUAGAAAUCUUGCAUAAUAUCGACGCAACUAAGCUUUCAGAAUAUUUUCCAACUCGCAAAUUUGAUAGAAUAAUAUUUAAUUUCCCACAUACUGGUGGCAAAUCAAAUAUUAAGAAGUGUAGAAAGUUGUUAGAAGAUUUCUUUAUAAGUGCUAUAGAGCAUAUCGAGUCAUAUGACGGUGAUAUAUGUGUGACAUUGUGUAAAGGUCAGGGUGGUACCCCAGUGGAUGAACCACAGAGAAGUCAUGGGAAUUCUUGGCAGAUUGUUAAUAAUGCAGCAAAAGCUGGUGAGGUUUUAUUGUCAACCCUCGAAAUUCGCCUCGGCACUCGGCAAUUGCCGACGCAAAUGCCGAGGCAAGUUACGAUUUUUCAUAGUUUGCCUCGGCAAAAAAAUGCCGAGGCAAUUCCACCCGCUGUUCCUUGAAUUACAAACUACAGUGUCUGUUCGUUUUUUUCUUCUUAAAUAUACAAACUACAGUGUUCGUUUUUUGUAUCACUUCUUUGUUUGAACUGUUGUCAUCGACGUUGGGUGAACAACAGAAGAUUUCAUUCAUAGCUACUUUACAAAAUAUUUAAAUUUGAGCUUUUAAUGCAGCGUCGGCUUCGGUUGAAAUAAAGAACAAUCUUGAUGGUUUAAAGACGGUACGUCGAGAAACUUUGUUUUAUCUUUUAGACUGUCGCGUGAUUUUACCAUCAAGUUUAUUCUUUCAUACAAUUGGUUGUAAAUUACCACUAAUUUUUUAAAAACAUUUUGAAUAAGGAAUUUGUAAAAUAAGAACAAAUUGUCGAACGUCAGAAGUCUCAGAAUCUACGCUCGUUAUCAUAUUUGUUUACAAUAAUUUCUGUAUGUACUUUACUUUAAUUACAACUGCCGACGUGAAUGCCGAAGGGUGCCGAAGUAAUUGCCGAAGGAAUUUAAGAUGAUUUCAUUGCGUGCCUCGGCAAAAAAAAAUUGCCGAAGCACUGCCGAGGCAAACUCGAAAAUUAUCGAAAGGCUUCGGCAAUUAUUUGCCGAGGCAAAAAUAGUUGAAUUUCGAGGGUUGAUUGUAGGUUCUCCCAGGGGGGGGGAGGGGUCUGUGUUCCCAUUUUUCUUUGGAAACCCCCCCUUGUUCCCUAUAAAGAUUCCAUCAUGUUCCCCCACCUUACAUGUUUUACAGGGGUUUAGAAAAUUUAAUAGUAAGUGUAUAGAAAAUAUAAAAUGGGACUAAAGUUCUGGUUGUCCAGGCUGGAUUGUACCCAGGCUUCUAUAUACAAGUUGUGUUCAGUAUGUGCAUUACAUGAAUGAGGCAAUUAAAGAUGGCAAUCAUUUAUAAGGUAGUGCUGUCUAAUUUAAAAAUAUGUUUUCCUUUUCAGGUUUAAUACUUCACCAACUUCAUCCCUUUCUGGAUUCAGAUUAUGCUCAUUAUACGAGUGUUGGUUAUAGAGGAAAACUUGCAAAGGGCUUUCACACUGCAGGAGGUUUGAUUCAUAUUUUUAUACCUGGAGUCAGGCUUGAUUCUAUUGAAGAUGUCAGGUUAGUGUAAGGCUUAUGUUUGAGGAUAUAUGAACAAAAUCAUGUACAUUAAUUACAUUUCUGGGGUUGGUUGUUCAAAGCUGGGUUAGCUUAACCCUAGGUUAACCUAAAAUUCAAAGCAAACUUCCUGACAGCUUGUCUAUAAAUUUGGAAAUAUUUCUUCAGAGAUCUUGUCUGGAUCGAUAGGAGUUUACUUCUCUGAAGUUUUAACCCACUGGGUUAGCGCUAACCCAGGGUUAGCGCUAACCCAUCUUUGAACAACCGACCCCUGUAUGAGAUCAGUAAUGUGAGUAUGUCACAGUUGCAUAAUUUAUUCUGUUAUAAUUAUACUCUUAAUUCUGUUAUAAUAUACUCAAAUUUAUUAAGGGAGUGGGAGAAAUUAACCCCGUCUUUAUCAUGCACCCACUCUCUUUACAACAAAGAAAAUCAUGUUACUUUCCAGCACAUGUUAAUUAAUUUACAGUGUUUCAACAAAAUCAAUGAAAUAAACCCUGAUAUGCCCUUUACUGGAGAGCGCUGCCACUCAAUGGGUUAAUCAUCUGCCCAUGCACUGUGUGAACCCCAUGGAAUGCACCCUAUUUUAUUAUUUUAUGCUGAAUGCCAAACAAUUUAAUUACUCAUUAAAGAAACUUUGAACAAGUCUUCCUUUAACUUACAUUCUUACAAGACUUUAGCAAAGUUCUCUUCAAAUCAAGUCAUUUAUACCUCAUGCACCAAUUCAUUUGCAGAUAUGUUUUAUCUUCUGCUUCUAAAUGUCUUUUCAAUUUGUUCACGUUAUUUAUACAUAAGUAACCUAAUAACCAGGAACAUUUGCAAAAUGUUCUAUAGUCCUACAGUAGUAUAUGAACCUGGGAUGAUACGUUUUCGCUGCAGAGCUUUGUCUAAAUUACUAAUGUGUACUCGAUACAGUCAAAUUGUCGGUGAUUUUGGGGACACGUGCACAAUGAUGCAGAUAAUUUUCCAACCAAGAUGCUAGGUUUUGGUGAAGAAGAAGAAGAAUUUAUUCACCCAUUGUAAAUCAUUACAUUAUUUACUUUAUUAAUAUAGACUAGAAUAAGUAGAUGUGGGUACUAUCUGCCUAAAACAGGCAUUCUGGAAUUCCGCGGGCAAAAAUAGUAAAUUCCGCGGAAUUUUUGAGGUAAAUUGGGCGGCCAAAAUGACAAAUUCCGCGGCCAAAACGAAAAAUUCUGCGGACAAAAUUCAGAUAUUUCUAGGCAAAAUAAAAAUAUCUACCGCUAUAAACAGUAAUUGUUGGGUCAUUUCAAUUAAGAUAAUAAGAAAUAUAUUAGAAAGUCGAAUAAAACUUCUCAGUUUCACAAGAAAUCUGACAUAUUUAAUAUACAGUGAGUUCCAACAUACGUGAGUACGUCAUCGACGUGAAAACUGUAAUUACUUGUUUGAGCGCCGUCCCCGAAUAUACGCCGUACUCAUUUUCAAGUGCAGCUUAAUCGAAGUACCGUGUGACAGCAAGUUCGAGAAGCCGAAAUAGAAACAACCACAGUGCGUUGGUUUUUGCGAACGUUUUGUCACUGCCAAUGUUUUUAAAUUGUAUGUAUCCACGGUCAUGGAAAACUGAAUUGUCAUCAAACAUUAUCAAACUUUUUUCACGAACCAAACUCCAAAGGUACAGAUCGUAAAUGACAUUAUGUGAACCGGAAGUGCAGUUGCAGGAAUAUUACUAGAAGUUCAAAAAUUAAAAUGCUAAUAAAUGUUAGUGGCUAGUGAAAUGAUGAAUAUCAAUGAAAGUCAUUCCACUUUGAAGAAAAUCUCCGUUCAUAUAAGGCUUUAAAUUACAAAAACGUCUUGUAUCAGAUCACACAAAUGUAUUUUUUUGUGAAUUUAAGAGAAAAAGAAAAAAAAUUACUUUACCAAAGUUUAAAUUCCGCGAUUUAAACUGAAUUUCGCGGAAUUCUGCGGUUGAAACUAAAUUCCGCGGAAUUCCGCGAUUUUUGGACAAUUCCGCGAAAUCGCGGCAUCGUGGAAUUCCAGAAUGCCUGCUAAAAUAACAUAAGGGCUAACUGAAUUUGGCAGAUAAUGUCCAUAGAUAACAUAGUGGAGAUUUGCGAUAUUUAAUUAGUCGGCGAAAAUAUCAAAACAGGACAAACGUAGAGACACACAUGACAAAAAGCAGCAGCAAAAAAGACUAAAGAAAUUCAAUCACAUUUUAAGCAACAACUUGUCACUACUUUGUCAUUCACUUAAAGGAGAAAGAUUAUAUAUGAUAUGACAAUGCAGUUAAAUAUAAAUGAUUAAUAUAUAAUUUUCAGUACACUGCUAUACAUAACCCUAGUAGUAGUGCAUUUAUUUAGUUUUCGUUUUAGUAACGUGUAGUUACUCUAUGAUGAACCUUAAAUUCUGUGAUUGCCUAUAUCACUUGAUUAGGAGAACUAAUUAGUCUUAUUUUUGCUACAGAUAUACUGUAAGAUCUGAUUCGCUUUCUUGUUUUAGUGGAAAAAGUACUGAUGCAUUAUUGUCGUAUGUUUGUAAGCAGUAUGGUAACAUCAUGAGUACCACUGCAUGCUGCUUUGUUUCUGGCCACCCUUUGCAUGAUUUAAAGAAUACAAUAUUGAGUAUGUUGAACAGUGUGGCUGGCAGAUCGUUUGAAGAAAUAUUAGAAAAGAAUGAUAGUGAAGAUGUUCAACAAGAUGAUGGGGUUGGUGAAACAGACAGCACAGUCACUAACAGCAACAGGAUAUUGUCAGCUAUGAAUAAAAGCUCUUCAUUUGUUUUAACUGGUGCUGCUUUAACUAUAUCUGAAGAAGUUACGUGUGAAUCAAAUAUCAGUAUGAGAUAUUUGGUGAUAUGUAGAUUUUAUGACGAUGAGGGCGAAAAUAGUCUUGGGAAAGUGGAUUCAGAAAAACAGGAAAUUAUGGAUAAGCUAAAGAAAAUGUUUUCAAAUGAACAUGAUUAUUUUCAUGAAGUUGAUUCUGAAACUAAUACUGAUUCAAAGAUAUGGACAAACAGCUCUGAAGUUGCUCAUCUGGCUAGGAACAAAUGUCAGUUGAAAAGGAGAGCAGAAGCUGCGCAAAGCGCAGACCAUGUUCAAUCAAACUGUACUUGUGAAAGCCUCUGUCAAAGAUAUCUAAGAAAUGACGCUCGUAUCGAAUCUACACAACGGAUGCCUACGGAAUUUUUUGAUCAGGGCACUGUAAGAGUGUUCAAAAAGCGUUCAACUGUGGUUAUUAUAUGUGGUUGUCCAAAACAGGAGGUUUUGAAAUUGACGGGACAUAAGCAUGGAUGGCUUAUUCUCGUUAAUCUGGAUGUUCUGGCUAUGGUACGACAUAACAUAUCCGACAUUCGAUUUCUUUCAUCUGCCUUUCUCAAGUGGGAACGAAAGUCAACAGUCGCUCAAGAGGUACGCCUAGUAAGAAUUUUAUUAAUUUAGAAAGUUGUAUCAAAAUAGGUUCGAAUUAUUUGCUGAAAAUUAAUUUUUAAAUGUUCCAACAUGGAAUUGAAGCCAAGCUCACUCCGGCGCUUCACCUAUAUACCAGCGCUCUGACCACAUGCCCAAUUUAGAUGCUCAGAAAUACUAAUUUUAUAUGUACACUUAAUGCGGGAUAUCCAAUCCAUGUAUACGAUGAGUUUCACAAAAUAGACUAACCUUGCAAGUUUAAUUUGUCAAAGGCAUUCAACUCCAUUUGACAACAAGCAACAUGCAUGUCAUGACAAUGAAGUUUUGAGAGGGUCUUUUUCGUGAAGAUGAAAACUCGGGGCGGCAUUCUUCACUUUGUCACCCUCGCUCGCUACGUCAGCACAGUCACUUACACUAUACACCGCAAUAUACAUUGUAUCUUUCUCUGCUGGUCACUAUGAUAUUCACUGCUUUCAAAUCAAGAUCUAUUUUGAUAUUUUGGAUUUGUUCUAGAUUAUACUCGUAAACUGAAUUUAAUCGCGGUGAAAUAUGAAACUUGUUCUACCAUGAAGUUAAACUGGUGAUUCCAAAAUUACACUCUCAUGAUAAACGAAUGAUUCAAAGGUCUAUGGAGACAUGUAUAUAUACUGCGCUAGCUGAGGGUUAACUCGAAGCCCCAUGUAGUGUAGAUUUCUAUAUUUAUCUUAAUUUGCGAAGUUGUGUCUUUUGUUUAAUUGUAGGAAGAUCAUGUGGAUCAGAGAACAACGUUCAUCCCGGUACCAAUAAACUUAUUUCCUCCUGAACACGUCCAUGACAUUAGUUUUUGGAUAUCGGAUGAUGUCUCUCAAGAACUAUUUUUUCUCACAACAAUAGCCUUAACAAAGAAUUGUGUAAAAGAAAUAAAACUGACUGAAAUUUAUCAUGACGAAGAUAAACAUUGCCUCAGUUUUAACUACCGUAUGAUCUACAGCCGUGUGGAUGGCCCACUUAGCCAUUUAGAAGCAGUAGAAUUACAAAACAGGUUGAGGCGAGCGUUGAUUGUGCUUGGCUUUGGACUGAAAUGAAGAUAACACUAAACAUUAAAUGGGCUUGGGCACCAGUAUUGUUUGCAAAUAUUAAGGAAUCGAUGAACAUCGCGGUCAAACGCGUCUGCGUAUUGGCUGCUUGUACUGGAAAGACUGGAAAUAGUAAUGCAAUUUUCAACAAUUUAUAUUCACAGUCGUGGAGGUGAAUAGCGCAAGGAUUCGAUAUUAAGAUUAGGGUAUACCAUUAUCAGAUGGUGUACACUAAAUGGACAAGACAAAAAUGACCAAAAAACAACGAAAAUAUUUUAAAACAAUUUGUACAUUUAUGCAGCUCCCGUACAGUAUAAAACCCCCCAUAAAAGAACCAGUGAAGUUUGACUUCAGGUUGACGUGGUUCUUAUAUAAUCUUACUUCACACUAUACUUUUUUCUAUUCUACACAUUAAUAGGGAUUGUUGUUGCAUAAAACUAUUGCUAUGACACUAAUAUGGUUCUCGUUACAUAUAUCUAAACUUAAAAAACUUUUAAAAACUUGUAUUUUGGGUGCUUAAUUGCACAUAUUUCAGGCUAGUGGUUUUUAACCUCUGGUUCUCUUAUGUGGGGCUUUACUGUAUAGUAGUUGUAAACAAAACAAUAUUUACAUGCUUUUAGUAAUUUUAUUGAUUAGAAAUAGUUUAAACUAAAGAAUACCUCUACAUCCACUGUUAAACAAAACUUUGUGGCUUUCUUCGUGUUUGGAGAAGCGGCAGUUUCGUUUAGUAAUUACAGUUUGUAAUAAUUAUAGUAAUUAGACAUUCAGUCGUUACAUAUAAUUAAUUGCAGUGUCCGAGAUUAUUUUUAUAGGCUAUACAUACAUAUAUAUUUAUUAUUGCAAAGCUUUCGGUCUAUAAGCAGGGCCGUAGCAACCGGGGG